AAUAAUAAAACUGAUGGUUUAAACUGAAGUCUUCCUGUGCGGAAAAACUAUUGAACACUUGAGGAAUACAAGAAAAGUCUGUCAGCACAAUGGCAUCACCAACCCCUCUGUCCAAGGCCAACACCACCUUCUCUCUGGCUUUGCUCAAAAAGUUCGGAGAUGACAACAAGACAGCGAAUGUAUUCUUCUCCCCUUUCAGCAUCUCCUCAGCACUGGCUAUGGUGAUGCUUGGGGCCAGAGGAAACAGCCACGCAGAUAAUGACACCAAGUCGGUGAAGAUGAUGUCCCAGACUGAUAAAUUCCCUGUCACCUCCAUCCCGGAGGCCAACUGCCAGAUCCUAGAGAUGUUCUAUGAAGGGAAGGAGCUAAGCAUGCUCAUCAUCCUGCCCAAUGAGAUAGAGGACGACACAACAGGCUUGGAGAAGCUGGAGAGGGAACUUACCUAUGAGAAAUUUGAGGAGUGGACUCGUUCGGACAUGAUGGGUCAAACUCAGGUUGAGGUGAGGCUGCCUCGAUUCAAGAUGGAGGAGGAGUAUGACUUGAAAGAUGUUCUGAUCAGCAUGGGUAUGGUGGACGCUUUUGAUGUCACAAGGAGUGACCUUUCCGGUAUGUCCCCAGCAAACGACCUGGUAGUGUCAAAGGUCGUCCACAAGGCUUUCGUGGAGGUCAACGAGGAGGGAACAGAGGCUGCUGCUGCCACUGGUGUGAUCAUAGCGGAACGCUCUAUAAUUAUUCCUGCCACAUUCAUCGCAGACCACCCCUUCUUGUUCUUUAUCCGACAUAACCCCACCAAGACCGUUCUCUUCUCAGGCCGAUACUGCUCCCCUCAGUGAGAACCACUGUACCCCCUGCAGACAUGGACGGAUUAUGAGACAAUGGGCCCCUUAGCACAGACAUGUAAAGGGCCCCGAACCCAUCCUACGUGAGAGCAAGAGCCACAGAUUUAAAAAGACAUCUUUUUGGUCAUUUUGCAUCUCUUUUAGAUGUAUUGCUUCUUUGUGGUUGGAUCCUGUCUAUUGGUUGUUCUGUGUCUCUCUUUGGUCAUUUUGCAUCUCUGUGGUUGUUUUACGUCUCUUUUUGGUAGUUUCGCAUCUCUUUUUGAGAGUUUUGCAUCUCUUGCAUCUCUCUCAUGUCCAUUUGUAACUUCCCAACAAGAAUGAUAGCAGAAACCGCAGAAAGAUCUGUGCCCAGUAGCCUCAUUCAUUAGUCCAUGCCUGUAGGGCAUAGUGAUUCAGCCGGGGUUGGGAUAUAUCUAUUGCAGCUAAAAUAUAAGGCAUCAGUAUCACUGCUCUAGAAUUUGUGUAAAUUCUCAUCUGUGUUCCUGUCCUAUAUUUUCAAGACCCAGAUUUUGCAAGAAAGCUUUUGAAUGGAAACUACUGUAUGGCGCUAGUUUGAAUAAAAGUGCAUAUGGGAACUCAGUGGGGUUUAGUCUUGUUAAAAUAUUUUGCAUGCAUGCUUUUUACUGAAUGAGUCUGAGUUUGUCCACCUUCUGUUUUUCCAUCCUGUUUUAUUGCCUUACAGCAUUAACAAAACAUGUACAUUACUGCACUUUGCUUAAGUAUCAAAUUAAAUAAAAAUAAAUCCCCACUGAGUGGAAAUCUUCAAAGAAUGCCCCUUUCAAUUUAGGAGUUUGAGGUCCUAAGAUUCUAG